AUGGGCUUUGCGCUGGAGCGCUUCGCUGAAGCGGUGGACUCUGAUUUGGAGUGCAAGCUUUGCGGCCAGGUGCUGGAGGAUCCCCUGUGCACUCCGUGCGGCCACGUCUUCUGCGCCAGCUGCCUGCUGCCCUGGGCGGUGAGGCGGCGCCGGUGCCCGCUGCAGUGCCGGCCCCUGGCUCCUGGCGAGCUGCACCGGGUGCUGCCGCUGCGCAGCCUCAUCCAGAAGCUGCGCAUCCAGUGCGACUACCGCGUCCGCGGCUGCGACCGCACGGUCAGACUGCACGAGCUGGCUGCACACGUCGAGCGCUGUGACUACGGCCCUGAGCGCCCGCACGGCGAAGGCAGUGCCUCCAGACCUCCUGCCGGGGGUGGGGACGUCCCCGUGAGGGUGGCUGGCCAAGGCGGGGGCGCGCGCGGCGGCCGUAGAGGGAGCGGGCGGGGACCCGAACCGCAGGCGCUGGUCUGGAGGCGGCGCGAGAAAGAGCUGCAGGCGCAGCUCCUGGCGCUGCAAGGCGAGGUGCAGCUCAUGGCACGCAGAUACCAGGAGAAGUUCAUCCAGUACAUGGCUCACAUAGACAACUUCUCCAAGGACCUGGGCGGCCACCUCGGCUCUGGUGGAGGACAUAAGCUACUCACCAUUGUAUUAGAAAGAGAAAAUGACACAUUGGGAUUCAACAUUAUAGGAGGUCGGCCAAAUCAGAAUAAUCAGGAAGAAACAUCAACUGAAGGAAUUUAUGUUUCAAAAAUUUUGGAAAAUGGACCUGCUGACAGAACAGAUGGUCUGGUGAUUCAUGACAGAAUUAUUGAGGUCAAUGGGAAAGAUCUUUCAAUGGCCACCCAUGAAGAGGCAGUGGAAGCUUUCCGAAAUGCCAAGGAACCUAUUGUGGUUCAAGUAUUAAGGCGAACACCGCUCAGUAAACCGGUGUAUGCAACAGCCCCAGAAGUGCAGCUCAUGAAUGCCAGCACUCAGACGGACAUCACCUUUGAACACAUCAUGGCGCUGGCCAAGCUCAGGCCUCCUACCCCCCCAGUGCCAGACGUCUGCCCAUUCCUGCUCUCAGACAGCUGCCAUUCUCUUCAUCCCAUGGAGCAUGAAUUUUAUGAGGACAAUGAGUAUCUCUCCAGCUUACCUGCUGAUGCAGACAGAACAGAGGACUUUGAAUACGAGGAGGUUGAGCUGUGUCGUGUUAGCAGUCAGGAGAAGCUGGGCCUGACAGUCUGUUACCGGACAGAUGAUGAAGAAGACACGGGCAUUUAUGUCAGUGAGGUAGAUCCAAAUAGCAUUGCAGCCAAAGAUGGCCGGAUUCGAGAAGGGGACCGUAUUUUGCAAAUAAAUGGUGAAGAUGUCCAGAAUCGAGAAGAGGCAGUGGCACUGCUCUCCAGUGAGGAGUGUAAAAGAAUUGUGCUGCUCGUUGCAAGGCCAGAGAUGCAGCUGGAUGAAGGCUGGCUGGAAGAUGAAAGGAAUGAAUUCUUAGAGGAGUUAAACUUAGAGAUGUUGGAAGAACAGCAUAAUGAAGCAAUGCAGCACACGGCCAAUGAGGUGGAGCAGCCAAAAAAGCAGGAAGAAGAAGAAGGCACAACAGAUACAGCAACGUCCUCAUCCAACAACCAUGAGAAGGACAGUGGAGUGGGACGCACAGAUGAGAGUUUACGGAAUGACGAGAGCUCAGAGCAGGAGAAUGCAGUGGAGGACCCCAACAGCAUGUCUUUGAAGAGUAAGAGAGAGCUGGGGCAGAGCCAAGACACCCUGGGAAGCCUUGAACUUCAGUGCAAUGAGAGUCUCUUGUCUGGUGAAUACAUCGAUUCCGACUGCACUGGAAACCAAGAUGAGGAGUGUGAAAGGUUCCGGCAACUAUUAGAACUCAAAUGUAAGAUUCGGAACCAUGGAGAAUAUGACCUGUAUUACACAAGCAGCACAAUUGAAUGCAAUCGAGGAGAGCAAGAGGGAGUGGAGCACGAGUUACAGUUGCUUAAUGAAGAGCUAAGAAACAUUGAACUUGAGUGCCAGAAUAUCAUGCAGGCUCAUAGGCUUCAAAAAGCGACAGACCAGUAUGGAGACAUCUGGGCAUUGCAUGACGGAGGAUUCAGAAAUUAUAAUACCAGCAUAGAUAUGCAAAGAGGAAAACUAGAUGACAUCAUUGAACAUCCAGAAAAGUCUGACAAGGACAGUUCCAGUGCUUAUAACACAGCUGAAAGCUGCAGAAGCACUCCGCUAACCGUGGACCGUUCCCCAGACAGCUCUCUUCCCAGAAUGAUCCACCUCACUAAUAAGAAAAAUCUGAGAAGCACAAUUGCAGCUAAUCAAUCCUCUUCUGGACAGAGCAGUCAAGAGUCAACCUCCACCAAAGCCAAAACCGCUCAACAAGGCUGCAGCAUAGAAGGUAAGGAGAAGGUUGUGGAAAGCAGCAAGCUUCCUGAACAAGAAAAGAUAGCCCCCGAACACAUCCCUUACCUCUCUCCUUACCACAGCUCCUCCUACAGAUACGCCAACAUCCCCGCGCAUGCCCGGCACUAUCAAAGCUACAUGCAGUUAAUCCAGCAGAAGACUGCCGUUGAGUAUGCGCAGAGUCAGCUCAGUCUGGUGAGCAUGUGCAAGGAGUCUCAGAAGUGUGCAGAGCCCAAGAUGGAAUGGAAGGUGAAAAUCCGCAGUGAUGGGACCCGGUACAUAACCAAGAGACCAGUGCGAGACCGAAUUCUGAAGGAACGUGCCUUAAAGAUCAAGGAGGAGCGAAGUGGCAUGACGACAGACGAUGACACUAUGAGUGAGAUGAAAAUGGGGCGCUACUGGAGCAAAGAGGAGCGCAAGCAACACCUGGUCCGGGCCAAGGAGCAGCGACGGCGCCGAGAGUUCAUGAUGCGGAGCCGCCUGGAGUGUCUCAAGGAGAAUCCUCAGAGUGGCAGCGAGGGCAAGAAGGAGCUUAAUAUCCUCGAACUCAGUCACAAAAAGAUGAUGAAAAAGAGAAACAAGAAAAUUUUGGACAACUGGAUGACAAUCCAAGAACUGAUGACCCAUGGGGCCAAGUCUCCCGAUGGCACAAGAGUUCACAAUGCCUUCCUGUCAGUCACGACUGUAUGACUGUGUGUGCAGCUGAUUUUAAGAGCGUGCUACCAGUUUGGGUAGAGUAUGAUUGCCUCGUUCAAUGUGGCGUUUUUAAUAUCUAUUUUGUGACUCUUUAUAGGUUAAAUUUUUUGUAAGCAAAAAUACCCAGUAAUUUUUUCAUUUGGUUUCCUAUACUGGUACUUUUUUUUUUUUCCUGGCUGAGAACCUUUCUUUAACUUGUGAUAUAUUCAUAUUACUCAUUUAUAAAAAAUUUAAAAAACAAAAAAAGGGAAAGGAAAGGAAAAAAACUUGAACAAAAAUACUGAGGAGCCAAUUAAUUUCCUAUGUUAUUGUAUCUAUUGUAAGUUAAGAUCUGAAUUUAUUUCUCUAGUUUGUUUAUUUCCUACUUUGAUAACAACUCAAUGCCAAAACAUUUCUACACUUGCUUCUUGGCAUAAAACAUACAUAUGUAAUCAAACCAAUUAAUAUACCACAUGCCACAUCUUGUCUUACACAUGGAAUCCACAUCUUUUUUAACACACAAGUGUACAUUUACUACAUCAAUGGCAGUUGUCUUUGUCCCAGUAAAGUGUAGGUGAGCAGUUUUCCUGUGAUAUGUAGUGACAUGGGUCACGUAGCUAGUUAAGUGUGAUGAUUGUGAUAAUAAAAGAAAUAAAUUAUUGAUUAUCCUU